AUGGCAGCAGACAAGGCUUCACUUCCCAUCGUUGACUUUGCCCGGUUGAGAGACCCGAGCACAAAGCAGGAAGAGCUCAAAACUCUCCAACAUGCUCUGUUCGGCAUCGGGUUCUUGUAUCUCAUCAACACCGAGGUGGCCAACACUGUGAAAGAUGUCUACAAGAUGCUUCCCGGGCUCUUCGCCCUGCCGAGUGAGAAGAAGGAGGCCGUUGCCAUGGUCAAGUCACCGGCUUUCGUCGGUUACACGAAACUCGGGGCAGAGACGACAGCCGGUGCCACAGACAUGAGAGAGCAAUUCGACUUUGGAACUGUGAAUGAAGAGAUGUGGAAGGAGGGACAACCCCAGUGGCGUCGGAUGGAGGGACCAAGUGAAUUCCCAGAUUAUCCAGGCUGUGAAGCCCUUCUCCGACGCUACCUAUCAGAAAUGACAGACCUGUCAAACGAGUUUCUAGGCUACGUCGGCGAGUCUCUCUCCCUUCCCAACGACGUCUUCGACCCUUUCAAGCACAUCAUGCACCGCCUCAAGCUAGUCAAGUAUCCCCAGUGUCCCCCUGGCUCCGUCGGAGUUGGUCCUCACAAGGAUUCGGCUGGCCUCUUCACUUUCCUGUCUCAAGAUGCAGUCGGAGGUCUUCAGGUCCUCAGCAAGGACGGAGAGUGGAUCGAAGCGCCCCCGAUUGAUGGAAGCUUCAUCAUCAACGUGCAACAGGGAUUUGAGGCCAUCACUGGAGGAGUCUGCCCUGCUACAACCCAUAGGGUUAUUGCUCCCACAAGUACAACCCGCUACAGCGUCCCUUUCUUCCAGGGUAUCAACCCUAGCCUGACCUUGGAUCAACUGAAGAGCGUAGCUGCCCAUAUUGUAUCCAAGGUCCCGGUCUCGGAUGAUGCUAAGAAGCGAGCUGUUGACGUACCGAGCGAAUACCUUUCGCCUCUAUUCUCUUGUCUUGGAGAAGCCUAUCUUCGCAAUCGCGUCAUCAGCCACCCGGAUGUUGGGCAGAAGUGGUAUCCUGAUCUGUACGCCAAGUACAGUCAACAAAAGCUUGUAUGA